AUGGCACUGGUGCAUCCUGACAUCCUCCAACAGUUUAUUAAAUUUAAACCCGAGGAUGAGCAGUGGUGCCGAGCGAGAUCGAAUGAGUUCGCAAGGACAGGAAAGAUGUCCAAUGUGAUCGGAGCCGUGGAUGGCACACUGGUCCGUAUUAGGACACCGGCUGUUGACGGAUAUCAGUAUGUGAGCAGGAAGGGAACGUCUUGCCUCAACGUCUGCGUUAUUGCAGACGCUGUGGGUCGAAUCCUGUACGUCAACACCGGGUCCCCAGGAUCAGUGCACGACGCUACCGUUUGGCGUAACUCCUUCUCCUGCCAGCAGUGUAUUUGA